AGCGACUCCCCGUUCAAUACGUCACAACCGCCGCCAAAAUGUCGAUGUUCCGCGCGAAGAAGCUCGAUCUGGGAUGUUUCGUCAACAUCAGGACGAUUCGUGACCACACGAAGCGCCAGGUCUUUAUGCAAAACGAGCCCGAGAGACAAGCUCUCCGAUACAUUAUCCAGAACACGACUCUCCCAGGCCGUGUGCGCGCCGAGGCGCAGCUUCAGCUGGGUCAGAUGCACUGCUACACCCGGCCGACGCAGAUCAAGAACCGAUGCAUUUUGGGUGGCAAGGCCAGGGGUGUCUUCCGCGACUUCAAGAUGACGAGGUUCAACUUCCGUAUGCAAGCGUACGAGGGUAAUAUUCCCGGUGUUAAGAAGGCUAGUUGGUAGACGAAGAUGCGGCGGAGGAUGAUUAUCAAAAAUAAAAGCAGGGGAACACUGUUGUAAGAUACAACGAAAGGGCUCGUGUACCUUUGAGACGGCAUGCUACGCUCGCGAGCUUGCUCACAGACGAUUUGGGAAUUGGCGUUUGGCUGCAUGUUCGCACCCUAAGACGCAUAUGUACAGAUACAAAUACUGGCAAACAAUGUACAACAC